GCAGCAGGCAGCUUCCUCACUGCACUGGAAAGGUUUGAGGACCGACCCCUGACCGAUUUAAACAAUUACCAGUAACCAGGAGGACAAACCCGAGAACUGCUUCCAACCUCUGCCCCAGUGAGACCUUCAGGCCCUGAUGAAAGACAGAGGCUUCCUCUCUGAUGCCAUGUCCAGACACACCGUCCACGUGAACAGGAGCCAGAGCUCGUGUACGUCCCCCCGGGUGGAGACCAUCGUCCUGAGUGGGUCCUCAGCCAAUCGCAGCCAAUCGAAAGCCUCCUACCCGGACCCAGAGCAUAUUUCUACAGGAUCCCACUGCCCUCCUGUGAGGUGGGUUUGUCGGGAGAUCUCCCCUCCGUACCCCAGCUGCCCGUUACAGGACAAGCUUGAACCAGGGCUGGGAAGAUCCCAAACCUUCAUGGUGAACUCCGUCACCAACCAGAAGCCUCCAAUCCAUGAUGGAUGUCGGCGGAUCAUGGCAACUCGAGUAAAACCACACCCUGAUCCCCAGGAGAUGCCAAAACCCUCCCAGAAGGCCCGGAGCAGCUCUGAAACAGCAAAACCAAACUGUGCUGGAAAUGAUCCACUAUCACCAACCUUAGACGCAACCAUUGAAAAUCUGAACAACCUGAUUUUAGAGCUGGAUCCCACCUUUCAGCCAAUCAGCACCCGUAACCAAGGACAUGGCUUCGUGAGUGGCAACAGCAGGUUCCUGGACAGGGCCAAUGAGGAGGCUCCAUUGGAUGGACAUCAUCCAGGAAUUCUGAUUUAUGAAGAAUGGGAUUCGGGAAGAACAAGCAACUCUCUGCACAGCAGCACAUCAAUUAAUGACGAUCACCAAUCCGAUUCACUGGGGAUUCAAACCACUGGCACUUCGACCAAUCCUCAAAACCGUCGGCUGCCCAACUCUUUUGGAUACAACAGGUUGGAUGGUGGACAGCUGCGGUCUGCCCCCUGCUCUCUGCCUGCUUCCCCAGCUUUCUCUGGUUCUACUGGGUCACCACACUGUAACUCCUCUCUUGGUUUCCAAAGUGUGAACACCUUUCCCGGUCAGACUGGACAGUCAUCACAGGGGACUGCAGAGAGUUCAAAGCAGCGACAGGGGAUAGUGUGCUCUGCUCCAGUCUCCAUCUCCCCACAGCAGGGUUCUUGCCCUAUCCCUGUGCCAGCUUCCAGUAACUACACCCCUGCCAGUGCGAGUUCCUUGCCAAGUGCACACGAACAAUACGCUGCCUCACUGUUACACACCAGCACCCACAGUGCAGCAGCAGCAACUCCCUAUCUGUCAACCUCAGCAGGUUCGGAACAUCCACUCCAGACUGACCAUACCAGUCACACCGACAGUGCCAUCUCCUUGCUGUCCACCUCUCCGGCCUGGGACACACUGGGAAGCUCCCAGUCUCUGCUGAGUGAUGAUGGAGAAGCUGGACGGAUUUUUCGAUCUACUGGAAGCACAUAUGGAUCAAGUGGAUCCUUUGUGAACCUGACGAGCCCUUACACAGCAUCACCCUCCUCAUGCAAGAGCUCUCUUAGUGACCAACAUCUUCACCAGGCUCCUGGGCACCCAGCGGACUAUCGGACUGUGCCACGCUCCCGGGGGAAAGGAGACCACACUGGUCAACAAUCAGCCUCUGGCAGCACCCUGGGUAGACCAGUCAUGGCCCACGUUAAAGAUCACUCCAACAGCUGCCCACCAUCUGCUGCCAGUUCAUGGACUGAUAUCCCCGUCCUACUGGUGAACGGGAGCACACAAUACUUGGAGCGAGACAUUCACAAACUGAAAAAUAAGAGGCGUCAAUCCAGUUCUUCAAGUACUCCCAGCCUUCCCCUCAAUUCUUGUUCCAACCUUCCGUUUGCAAAGGCUUCGAGCACCCCAUCCCUCAAAGAUCUCCAGUGUGAGACACAGCCUACAGUUAAAUUUGUACAAGAUACAUCCAAAUAUUGGUACAAACCGAACAUCAGCCGACAUCAAGCUGUGGAGAUGUUGAAAGACAAGGAGCCGGGUGCCUUUGUUAUUCGGGAAAGCUCCACGUACGUUGGUUCAUUCGGAUUGGCCAUGAAAGUCUCUUCAGGAGAUCUCGGAAACUCUGAGGCUAAGCCAGAUCUUCCUGCUGAUUUAAUCCGACAUUUUCUGAUUGAAUUCUCCCGAAAAGGAGUGUGUUUGAAAGGAUGUCCCCAGGAGCCAUAUUUUGGGAGUCUGUCAGCUCUUGUCUAUCAGCACUGCAUCACCACCAUGAGCUUACCUUGUCGACUACGUCUACCAGACAAAGACUAUUUGAAUGAUAAGAGUGAAGGAAGUAGUCCAGACUCAACCGACAACUCCACGUCACCUCUGGGAAAGCAGAGUGCAGCAUGCUGUGUUCUGUAUUUGAGCUCCGUUACCAUGGAGUCUCUGACAGGACCACAGGCUGUUCUCAAGGCAGCCUCUGCAACCCUAGAACAGGAGCCACGGCCUCAGCCCACUGUCGUCCAGUUCAAAGUGACCGAUCAAGGCAUCACCCUGACCGACAGCAAGAGAAAACUUUUUUUCAGACGACAUUAUCCUGCCAACACUGUCAAUCACUGUGGUUUGGAUCCACUGCAGAGGAAGUGGCGUAAGGAUAAUGAGCCUUCCAGGCUUUUUGCGUUUGUAGCAAAGAAACCUGGCAACUCCUUGGAAAAUGUCUGUCACCUGUUUGCAGAGUUUGAGCAGGAGCAUUCGGCUCACUUCAUUAUUAACCUUGUGUCCAAAGUUGUCCUGGAACCAAACAGGAUGUGAUCAAACCAAGAAACUGGGGAACAGUUCCAAAACUCUAGCCUACGGACCUCCACAGUUUGUGCUGGGACCCUGCUCACUGUUCUCAAUGUCUAGGAGGCUGACGCACUGCACUCAAACAGUGACACUAACAAACCGAGAGCCCGAUCCCACUGGCAGUGUCUGAGGAGCUAAUGGAGCCCUCUCACAACGCCAGCUGGCAUAACGUGUUUCACAGCUUUAGCCAAACACUGAGGGGGCCAUUGAGGGACUUGUUAGUAAGUGCCUCACAGCCAGUUAUAAACAGGGGGCUGUGCUGGAAUGAUAUCCCAUUGCUGUCUGUCAGUGCAUGGAAUGUGUACGGCUUUUUACAAAGUCACAUUUAUAUGGAAUCACAUUCAAACUGCACAAUGAAAACUGUUCCACAUCUGACAGCAUUAUCACAUCGAUGUAAAGUUAGUAAUAACGAGUACUGACCAUCUCUCCAUCUCAUCUAUUAUCCAUUGACCUGCUGUGUUGAUUAAUUACCCAAACUCUCCUUCCAAUCCUCUGGCUUCAAUCUCUCUCUGUUACUAAACCACCCACCUCAUUCAGAGAAUUCAUUCUUUAUUUAUUUCUCCGCUUCCUUCACUCCCUCUGACAAGAGACCCGAAAACCUCUUCCUUUUUAGUUCUUGGGAUGUAAAUGUGACUAGGCCCAGUAUUUAUUCCCCAUCCCUAGUUGCCCCUUGAGAAGGUGGGGGUGAGCUGCUUUCUUGAACUGCUGCAGUCCAUGUGCUGUAGGUAGACCCACAAUGUCCUUAGGGAGGGAAUUCCAGGAUUCUGACCCAGAGACACUGAAGGAACAGUGAUAUACUUCCAAAUCAGGAUGGGGAGUGGCUCCGAGGGAACAUUAUAGGGGCUGGUGGUCCCACGUAUCUGCUGCCCCUCUCCUGGAAGGAAGUGGUUGUGGGUUUGGGAGGAGAUCUAAGGAGCCUUGGUGAGUUGCUGCACAGCAUCUUGUAGAUUUGUGAUAGAAUCAUCACAGAAUGUUACAGCAAAGAGGAAGCCAUUCAGCCCAUCAUAUCAUGCUCCCCUAGCCCCCUCCUUUUACAACGGCGUUGUGAAAGGUCUCCUUCAGAUACUUCCUGAGUUCCUUUGGACGAUGUUUUGAAGCAGUGGCCAUCAUGAUCUGACACUGCAUUUUUUUAAAAAAAGUCCUCAUGUCACCUCUGGGUGUGUCUCUAGUUAAUGACUCUCCUCCCAGUGACAAUGGUGUUGCCUCCAUGUUCAUGUGAACACUGUGCUGCCUAAUCUCCUGUAAACCUACUGUACUGAAGGGAGAGCGAUCCACAUUCACCUUCCCAUUCCCUGACUCCAUCCCAGUAAACCCUCUCCCUCUGAGAGACUAAAGAGAAACCUACAGAAUUGGACAAAAUAUUCUGUUUGGAAUCAUGUUGUAAAAACAUUUUGUCCUGACUUUGUGAACUCUCAGCCCUUGUUUCCUUCACCCUUCUUUAAAAUGGUGUCAUUUCCUGGGCCCUUCAGCUGUGCAUUACUUUACAUUUCUUUGGGUUAAAUUGCAUCUGCCUCCUGUUCACCCUCCCCCCACCAACACCGAGCCAGUCCCUGUCCCCCUGAAUCCUACCACCACCCUCCUCAGUGUUACCUAUGUUUCUGCAGUUUAGUCCUGUCUUCAGAUUUUGUCUCCUGUAUUGGCAGGUCGACCGAGUUAAUUAAAUCGGGGAAUCUGGAACUCGCUGCCUGAAAGGUGGUAGACACAGGAAACUCAGAACUUCUGAGAUGAGCAUUUGAAAUGCUGUAGCACAAAGUCUACAGGGCAAGGUACGGUAAAAAUGGGAUUGGAGUAGAUGGAUGUUUGAUGAACAGCACAGAUAUGAUGGACCGAAGGGCCUCUUUUCAUGCUGUGAAAACUCUAUCACUCUAUCACUAGCUGUGGUCCUGACACUGAUCGAACCUUCCCCAUUAAUGUCUAUCUCUGGGUUGAACCAGGCUCUAUCCCUGUAAUCCCAUUGGUGUGAAUCUUGUAAACUGGGGGUCUGAACUGGUCUGAACUGAGCCUUUCAAUCAUCAAAGAGUUCAGAAGCCCAAGACCCACCACAUUUCUAAAGCGAUGUCUCUGUUAGUUCAUCAAAGAAACACUAUAAAGGCUUCCUAGUGACACAAUGUGAGCUGUUUUAUUCUCCGCGGUAGAGCUCAUGCCAGUGGGUAUAAUCCUGGACUGGAUUAUAGGGUUGUUGGGGGUGGGAGGGCAAUGUAGACAACCCCCCACCCUCCGAGUGUGCUGCCCCCAGUGGCCCACAGUCCCAGGCAGUUUCACAGCGGAGCCCCCAAACCCGGUGGCAACAAAAGCUGCAGCUAUUGGGCUCUGGUUUUCCAAGUAGUGGCUCCCCGACCCUCAGUAACUCCACAAAGACGGUAUAUCAUCCAUGCUCCCUAUCACCCCUCCCUCAGCCAGUGAGUCUACAAUCCAGCCCCUUGUUUCUAAGAAUUUUGGAUUUUCUAAACAUUCUGUAACUGAAUUAAUAUUGUUUUUACCGUUCUACAUACUGUAAUUAUAAAAUAAAAAUGU